AUGGCAACGGUAGUGAUGGAGCAGAUCGGCCGGCUGUUCAUCAACGCCCAGCAGCUGCGACAGAUCCCUCAGCUGCUGGAGUCGGCCUUUCCCACGCUGCCGUGCACCGUCAAGGUGUCCGACGUUCCCAAGGUGUUCCAGGAGCGCCACAUCCUCACCGGCUACCGCCAGACGGACCACAGCUGGCGCUACUACUUCCUCACCCUCUUCCAGAGGCACAACGAGACCCUCAACGUGUGGACCCAUCUGCUGGCCGCCCUCAUCAUCCUGGUGAAGUGGCAGGAGAUCUCGGAGACGGUGGAUUUCCUGCGCGACCCCCACGCCCAGCCCCUCUUCAUCGUGCUCCUGGCGGCCUUCACCUACCUCUCCUUCAGCGCUCUGGCUCAUCUCCUGUCCGCCAAGUCCGAGCUCUCCUACUACACCUUCUAUUUCCUCGACUACAUCGGGGUGGCCGUCUACCAGUACGGGAGCGCGCUGGCGCAUUACUACUACGCCAUAGAGAAGGAGCUGCACACGGCGGUGCAGGGCUUCUUCUUGCCGGCCGCCGCCUUCCUGGCCUGGCUCACCUGCUUCGGCUGCUGCUACGGCAAGUACGCCGGCCCCGAGCUGCCCAAAGUGGCCCACAAGCUCUUCCAGGUGGUCCCCUCAGCCCUGGCCUACUGUUUGGACAUCAGCCCCGUGGUCCACCGCAUCUACAGCUGCUACCGGGACGGCUGCUCCGACCCCAUCGUGGCGUACCACGUCUACCACGUGCUCUUUUUCCUCAUCAGCGCCUACUUCUUCUGCUGCCCGCACCCAGAGAGUUUGCUGCCCGGGCGGUGUGACUUCAUCGGGCAGGGCCACCAGAUCUUCCACGUCUUCGUGGUGGUGUGCACGCUGAUGCAGAUCGAGGCGCUGCGAACAGACUUCACCGAGCGCCGCUCCUUCUACGAGCGGCUGCACGGAGACCUGGCGCACGACGCCGUGGCGCUCUUCAUCUUCACCACCUGCUGCUGCGCCCUCACCGCGUUCUACGUGCGCAAGCGCGUGCGCGCCUCCCUCCACGAGAAGGAGGAGUGA